UGGCCUCCGCCCAUAUGUCUGCGGCUGAGGUUAAUAUAUGUCCUUCGAUUGAUCCUGUUGGUUUAAAUACUGCUGCUGUCAGCCAUCAUACUGUGGAGAGGGACAACAAUCAAGCCCUACUGCCAACUAUUCUAGCUAAUGUAGUUGACACAUGUGGCAACAAGACCUCAUGUAGGAUAUUGCUCGAUACUGGAUCAACAAUAACCAUGGUAGCUGAGUCGUUUAUCCAACGGAUUGGAAUUCCACGCACGCAUGCUCGCAUCUCAGUUAUUGGAUUAGGUGCUAACCCGGCUGGAGUUAGCCGAGGUCGCGCUAGCUUCACUUUGCUUUCAAGGACUACGACUGCCUCAUUGGAGGUCUCUGGCCUAAUUAUGAGUUCUCUGACUUCUUUGAUUCCCGCUCAACAGGUGAAAUCCACCGCUUCUGUCUGGACCAAGAUUCGCAACUUACCGUUAGCUGACCCGACGUUUGGAUCACCGGAAAAAAUCGACGUUAUUUUAGGCGCUGAUCAACUGUGGAACAUCUAUACUGGACAUCGCCGAGAGUUUGCUAUUGAAUACCCCAUUGCGCUACAUACUAAUUUUGGUUGGGUUAUUACAGGCAGCUAUAAUCAUUGUGGCGAACCACUUACGAAAGCACAAGUUCACCACGCUUACGAAGAUUUGGAUUCCCUAGUUCGCUCUUUCAUGGAGAUGGAACAUGCGCAUCCGCAGCCGAACCGCAAGGGGAUUCGGCAGCAACCUUCGGCCUUGGCGAGCGCUCUGCAUGAAACUGCCAGAUUGGCGGCCAGUGUGGAUGCCUAUACGGCGGCGCCUACAGCCACAGCGUCAACCGGCGACUACGGCGAUCAUAUGCGCCAAAAUCCAAACCUCAGUCAAAUCCACCAACAGCCCCACCAGUCCCACCAGAUCACCCAGCUGCCCGCUUACCAACUGGGCAAUCUCAGAGCGAUCAAUUUUCUUGGGUCGUCGCGGUUCCUCUAUCACAGCCAGUUCAAUUCAAAUUCGCCGCAAACGAGACGCUUCACUGUGCAGCGAGACGGCUUGCCUGCAUUCGCGGCUUCAGCGGUAGCGGCAGCAGCUUCAGCAGUAGCACCAAUACCGCCACUAGGAUCACUCGCACCACUUCCUCCAUUGGCGGCCCAGCCGCCGCCCUUUCAGUUGCCCACCUACCAACAGAAUCAAUCCUACCGCUUUCAGCCGCGCGGUCAUCACCGCACCGCCAGCAGCAGCAUGUCGCAGUCCGGCGAGGAUCUCUACUCGCCCACGUAUCUAUCCUGGAGGAAACUUCAGCUGAGUCGGGCCAAGCUCAAGGCUUCCAGGAAGUUAUCAGCCCUGAUCUCAGGAUUUGCCAUGGUGGCAAUGGUGGAAGUGCAACUGGAUCCCGACACAAGUGUACCACCGGGAUUGCUGAUAGCCUUCGCCAUCUGCACCACCCUCCUGGUUGCGGUGCACAUGCUGGCCCUUAUGAUCAGCACCAGUAUGCUGCCAAACAUCGAGACGGUGUGUAACCUGCACAGUAUCCUGGUCCAUGAAUCUCCGCACGAGCAUCUGCAUUGGUAUAUUGAAACAGCGUGGGCCUUCUCCACGCUACUGGGACUUAUACUCUUCCUGCUAGAGAUAGACAUCCGGCUGUUGGGACGAGACGUACAAUAUCAUCCUGGACAGGAUCAGAGGGUCCGUGUGGUCACCGUUAAAACUGCCAGAUGGAUUUACAAACGGCCCCAUUCCGAAUUUGUGCUUCCUUUGAACUGAACCGUCGAUCAGGGGGGCCGGUAUGUUGAAGAAUAGAUCGGUCAUUUAGCAUUAUUGUAUUAUUGUCAAAUCGCAACUAGUUAAAUGCUCAUCAUUGUAUUGUUGUUUUAAUCGUAGCUAGUUAAAUGCACAUCAUUGUUUUGUUUUUCGUCUCCAAGCUUGCAGUUCACACGCAUAGACGAAAUUGGAGUAAAUUUGCAUUAGUAUCACGCGUUUUUCUGCAUUAUCUUUUCUGCACAUUUUUUCGGCAGUUAUUUGUAUAGUUUUUGACUCGAUCGAAACCGCUUGCAACUUGCCCCGCCUUAUAUAUAGUUUUUGACUCGAUCACAACCGCUUGCAACUUACCCCGCUUUAUAUAUACUUUUUGACUCGCUUGCAACCGCUUGCAACCUGUCCCGCUUAAUAUAUAUAGUUUUUGUACUCGCUCGCAACCGCUCGCAACUUGCCCCGCUUAACAUAUUGUAAACCCGCUUAUAAUUAAGAAAUAAACUCGAAUCCUAGAAAAAAGAAAUACAGACCACUUAAUUCGCCAACAAUCAGAUAAGUGGCUCAUAGCUGAAAAACUAAAAGAUUCAGAGACUAUAUUAAUUAUUUCCAAGAUGCAGAAUAAUGAGCUUAAAGAGCGUGUAGCAAAUACAUACGAGAAGCGCUCAAAGAUGGUUUAAAAAAAAAUUCAGAGAAACAGAAAAACUGGGCGCUUCGAGUAAUCUCCAGAUCGUUUAGAUGGUCAGUAGCAAAAACGUUAGACAAAAUGUAAGAAUAAUAUUGGUUUGAGAACAAUGCGAAGUAUGUUAAAAAAUUUGUAGAUAAUUGCAUACCUAUAUAACGGCCAAACCUCCAUUGGAAAAGAGGCAAGACCUUUCAAUAUGUAACCAAUAUGCGAAGAAAUAGCCAAAGAAAACAUAAAGAACAAGAGGCCU